CAACAACCUGAAUCUGAUCCUCAACCCCAACUCCUCCGGUCAAACAUCAAUGCCUGUCGCGCCGGCCGUCAUCCUUUCUUGAAGUAUUCCCUGUUGACGACCCCUCCGAUUCCUUCAGCGCAGACCAACACGUCCUCGCAAUCCCUCGUCUCCGCGACCGCGACGACCACCAUCACGACCGGCGAAAUGACGAGCUCAACUCCGACCGCGCCCUCCCCCUCACCUGCAGCAGCAGCUGCUCCCACCACCACCACCACCACCACCGCCGCCGCCGCCGCCGCCGCCCCUCCUACGACAUCCACUCCUUCCAAGCCCAGCAAGCAGCAACAAUCACAAAAGCCCAAGCCGGCCAGCAAAUCCAAAGAUGCCGCCGCCGGCGGCAGUGGUGCUAGCCCUGCGACCGCAGACGGCGCAACAGCCCAGCUCACGCCCGCCGAGCUGAAAAAGCGAGCCAAAGCCGAGAAGGCAGCGCGACGGGCCCGCGAACGCGCCGAACGGGACUCGGGCGCUGCUCCGGGACCUGCAGGUGGUGCCUCCGCCACGGGGUCCGCUUCCACGAAGAAGGACGGCGGAUCGGCCGCGGGCUCAACCGGCGGGGGAGGAUCGAGAGGACUGCCGCGUCGGGGCUCGGCGCAGAAUACCUCGCAGAACGGUGGCAGUGGGAGUGUCUCUGGUGGAGCUGGUGGCGCCGCGGCCGGCAUGGACAAGAGCGCUGGCGGUGCGGAGGCCAAGAAUAAGAAGACGGAUGAUAAGAAUGUGGCGGUGUUUGGACAUCUUUAUGGUCAGCAGAGACGGACGACGAUCGCUGGGGCUGGUAAGGAGGUGCACCCUGCUGUUUUGGCGCUUGGGUUGCAGAUGAGGGAUUAUGUUGUUUGUGGGAGUAGUGCACGCUGUGUCGCUACGUUGUUGGUUUUCAAGAGGGUCAUCGAUGCGUACACUACGCCCAUGGGAACUUCCCUGCCUCGUCACUUGACUACGCACCUCUCCCACCAAAUCACUUACUUGUCCACAUGCCGUCCGCUGUCGAUCAGUCAGGGUAAUGCGAUCCGUGCCCUCAAGCUGGCCAUCUCGUCCAUCGAUCCCUCCACGCCUGAGGCCGAGGCCAAGGCGUUCCUCGGCGAGUUCAUCGACAGCUUCAUCCGCGAGAAGAUCACCGUGGCCGACCAGGUUAUUGCCGGCAGCGCGGCGCAGAAGAUCCAGGACGGCGAUGUGAUCGUGACGUUCGCGGGCAGCUCGAUCGUGAAGCAGACGCUGCUGUUGGCGCACAAGCAGGGCAAGAAGUUCCGGGUCUCGAUCAUCGACUCGCGGCCGCUGUUCGAGGGCAAGAGCCUGGCCCGCACGCUGGCCAACGCCGGCCUGGACGUGCAGUACUCGCUCAUCCACGGCAUCAGCCACGCCAUCAAGGCCGCCAGCAAGGUGUUCCUGGGCGCGCACGCCAUGACCAGUAACGGGCGGCUGUACUCGCGCGUCGGCACCGCGCUGGUCGCCAUGAGCGCCAAGGAGCGCGCCGGCGGCGUCGAGGUGCCCGUGAUCGUGUGCUGCGAGACCGUCAAGUUCACGGACCGGGUCGCGCUCGACAGCAUCGUCGUCAACGAGAUCGCCGACGCCGACGAGCUGAUCUCCGCCGAGCCCAUGCAGCAGCUGACCGAUCUGCCAGACCCCGCGGCCGCGACUGUCUCCCCCGCGGACGCGAAGAAGGGCGCCAAGUCGGCUGCCGCCGCCGCCGCCGCUGCUGCCAACGCGGCCGCGGAGUCCAACACGGUGGCGCAGAACGUGUCGUCGCCGCUGACCGGGUGGAAGGAGUCGGCCAACCUGCAGCUGCUGAACAUCAUGUACGAUGUCACGCCGGCGGAGUAUGUGGAUAUGGUGGUGACGGAGAUGGGCAGUCUGCCUCCGAGUGCGGUACCUAUUGUGCAUCGGAUGAGCACGAAUUUGUAGUUUGAGACUG